AAAACAAACCUGAGAUGAGCCCGGAGCUGAAGCGAUACGGAGCGAUUUUUACACAUUUUAACCUCAAAUAUGACUGAAAAUUCCUCCAUGCCUUUUCAUUCCUGGAUGUAUGAGUAGUUUUUUAGUUUUUCUUUGUGAGUUUUAUUUAUUUUUUAAGCGUCAGGUGAGCAUGUGUUUAAUUUUGCGGGGAUUGCCGAGGUGCCACCGGGAGUGAGUUGGGCACUAUGCGCCGCUGGGAGGUGAUUUGUAACCGACAGGCUUAUGGAAUAUAGCCCGGUUUGUCACAGCCUGUAUGCCCCCUGGUCCAGCCCCGUGAAGAAGAAACUACUACUCCUCAGCAUCAUGUUUUUCAUCUGGGUUUACAUGCUGUACUCCUGCGUGGGCUACUGCUCCACCAUGCCAAGUUUGGUGGUGGAAGGUUACCGGGGCAAGGAGACCGGUUCCGGGCUGGGUAAGCGGACAGAGAGCGGCGGUGGCGGCGGCGGCGGCAGGACGGACCUGGUGUCCAGACUGCUGGCUAAACCGCAGCCUUGGGAGGAUAUAGAGAGCGACUACGAGGAGCCGUCGUCCAUCAGGACCGCCGCGUCCAGGGACCUGCUCAAUAACGAGCUGGACACGGACUGGGACGAGCAGCAUCAGCAGCAGAGAGCCCCGGAGCCCAGCGCCAUGUCCAGCUUCUCCAACGGCUCCGGGAGUAAGAAGCUGCCGCAGGCGAUCAUCAUCGGGGUGAAGAAAGGAGGGACCCGGGCUCUGCUGGAGUUUCUCCGGGUUCAUCCGGACAUCAGAGCCGUUGGAGCUGAACCGCACUUCUUUGACAGAAACUAUGACAACGGACUGGAGUGGUACAGGUAAAAAUCACUUAUUAUUAAUAUUUUUGUGUGUUUAUUAUGAUUAAAUAUGUUCAGAAAAUAGACAAAUUUUUACCAUAAUGUGACAUUUUAGAUGAUUUUAAAACUGGAUGGUGAUAGUGAAGUCCUGCUGACAGUAAAGCAGAUAUUGAUAGCUGAGAUUUCCCCAUAUAAUUCUCACAUUUUAAUUGUUUUUAACGAUAGGAGAAAAUGUAGAAGUUUAUUUAUUAAUUCAUUCAGAAAGAUUAGCAUGUCAUUAUUGGAUAUAACAAGUUUAAUCGCCUCGAUUUGCUCUACAAUGAUCCAAUUUUUAAUAUAGAAGUUUUGCAUAUCAUUUUUUUAUUUCCAUUUCUGUAUUUAAAGUAAGCUUAGAGAAAACUUAACUUGGUAAAAAUGAAGAAACAGUGACAUGAAGUGACCCUCGCUUUGUUUGAUAGUGAGACUUUGCAGUUUAGUUUGUGGGCUUCACGGAAUCCCCUUUAAUUAUCCGAUGUUUUUCAAUAGAUGAGUUAAUAUUCCUGUUUAUUCUCGUUUUUAAUGAACAAACUCCUGCCUUGUGUUACAUUAUAAGUCUGCACGGUGAUCGGCGUGUUUCUGCGAUGUGCAGUGAUCUCUAUUGGACGCAGAGCAACACUGCACCUUCACCGUGGCAAGCCUGGGCUUAUCCUGAUCAGCCCCAAAAACACCAAUUUUAGUCGGUCUGCUGCUUCUCAUUUUUAGGGUGGGAAUAAUAAGUGAAAAAAAUGUUUGUUUGGAGCAUGUGCUUGCUUUUUGGGUCAAGUUAUAUCACCAAAUAACCACUUGUGUAUUAUUUGGGUGAGCGCCUGUGACCCUGAAUACUUCUAAAACUUCAUAUAAGGAGCACAAUUUGCAUAGAUAUUCAACCAAAAUCAUCUUAGAGUGCAAAAAUUCUCUUGCUGUAACAGGAGGUGAUUUAAAAACAGGUAAUAAAGUUAAUUAUGAUGGUGUUUUUGAAGCUAAUGGAGCUAAAUGGGCUCAUACCGUUUUGCACCAUUGUAAUGUGAAUGGUCUCCACCGGCCUCACAGCCCUACGCAGGAAAGAAACUGAAUCUACAAGACAAAGUGAGGAUCUUUUCUCAGGACAAAAGCGUUUAACGUCUUCAGAGGUCGACAAACUAAUGUUAUCCUGGUUAUUUACAUCACAAAGUGUUAAAAUAGGGAGCUAAGGGGUCUUAAAGUUUAAUGACCGUGUUAGAAAAGCCAGCAACACUUCCAGCACCGAGCUUUUCCAAACUUACUUAAUUUAUUUUUAAUUAUAGAAGAUUAAUAUCAUAAGGUUAGGUUUAAUCUAACAAGUUCCUCACUGUAUUUCCCUCAUUUUGCAGUCAUUUUCAUCUAAAAAGCUCAGAAAUUCCCAGUUUUGGUGUCUCUAAGUUUAGCCGAACUUUCACAAAGUUUCAUCUAAAGUUAGAUAACCAGUGGAAAAAUUAAAAAUGCCUUAAAAAUUGUGUCUAAUGAGUGAGAACCUCUGUUUUUCUCUUCAUUAAAUAUGCAAAACCUACAUAAGGGAGCCUCACUUCUGUCCAGUGUCGAAUGAGGAAACAAGAACUGGCAGCGUUCGAAUGAAAGACGCUUCUCGUUAAUUUGGCCUCUUGAUAGAAACGCAGAUUUACUUCACUUCUUUUUAUUUAUUUUUUUUGAGUCCGAGUUUGGAGGAGGGCUGGUGUUUAACUAACUUCCCUGGACGGGGAGUUGUGGAAAAGUGCUGUCUGCUACUUUUUAAGCCGUGAAAUCUAAUACUUCUCCAGUCAUGACUCAAGGUUUUCUGCUGAGAUAGAGUGGGAGCAGAUUGUCUUUCAUUUUUACUCCCAUUUUUUUCCACGUUGUUGCCAAAAAAUAAACCCUUGUACUCAGUCUAACUCGCAUAAAGAUCAAUUGUGGAGCUUUUAUUCUGUAUUUUGUAACUUCAGCAGUCUACAGCACUAAGAUAUGAGAAAUUUUCUGCUGCGACUGGAUAUGUAACUCGCGUAAAAUCCAUGAAAUUGUUCGCCUCUCGUGGAAGUGCUUUUUAGGACGUGCUUUAAAUCGGCGAAAUUGACUUUUAUGGAGGAAUUGCUGCAGAGAAAUGUUUGUUUCCGACAUAAACAGAUGGUGUAGGCGGUCCCUGCAGUCAGGAAGGAGCAGAGAUUUGUAUUUUUUGGUGGAAAAGGAUGCACAGGGAAAAACAUGCUUGUUAGGAGCAGAGAAAACGCAGGAAUCUUCCAGAUGGAGGCAAACUUUGCGUGGCAUUGAAUCUAUUCUGUGGGAAUAUGAUCUGAUCACAGCGAGGGUCAUUUACGGAGGCGGUUACAGACUUUUUCUGUGUGUGUGUGUGUGUGCAAGUUGAGCAAUUCACCUCCUUGUUUGCUCAUUUGCACAAUCUCUCCCUUUUUUGCCAUCCACUUUUGUAACGAGCUUGCGCCAUCUUCUCCCCCCCCCCCACCCUCACCAGCGGACACACAUUUAGAGCUGGAAUUCCACCAAGUAAAUGCAGCCAUAGAGCGAGAGCAGAAAGGACUUUUUUUUUAAGAGGGGGGGUCGGGGGUUUGAGACUGAAUGGAAGUGGUGAUAACAAGUCUUAUUGUGGAUUUCUGAUGUACUUUGACAGUUUUUAUUUGUGCCAAAGACAAACACAUGAUUCAUGCUUUUGACCGAGGGGUCCUUGUAUCAGGAGGUACACAUUUUCCCAGUGAGGUCAUGCAUGAACUGGCCCCAAGGAACACACACACACACACACACACACACACUCACACACUCUUUUUAUGCAGACAUAAAAAGAGAGAGUCGGAGCUGAACAGGACAGCGUGGACGGAAACACGGAAUUCAUUAUUCCGUGUUUUCUGUUUGCACCUGUGCGGCGAAAGUCGGCCGCUGUUAUCUGACAGCGAUAAGUUAAUAAAGUGGUUAUCUUCAGCACAUACACAAUCAUGGUAAAAAUCAAUGCGUUAAUCCCUGUAAGGGUUAAUGACUCGUGCAGCGUUUAUCAAAGGUCAGGGACAGCAGGGUGAGCGUUUUGUGAAGCGAAACCAAUUUUUUUUUUCUGUUUUUAAAAAUGAAACAUGGCAAGAAAACUUUUUCAAAAGUUUCAGAGUGUGUCCCAACAGGGAAAAAAAGCAGAAAGUAAAUUUAUCUCAGAAACUAUCAAGUCAAAAAAUGGCGAAAAACACAAAAAAGCCCCUCGGAUAACGACGAGCAGUUUUCUUAAACACUUUUUUAAAAUUGAUUAGAAACCAAGAAAAAAUCUCCAAUAAAAGGCCGACAAAAUAGACGAAAACAAAGUUUAUCUUCACCAAAAUAUAUAUUUAUGUAUUCAUGACAAAGCCAAGAAACAAAUGGAGGAUUUCUGGGACUUUGGCAGUGAUACAGCUUCCUUGAAACACUGAGAAAAGAAAAACAAACUUUAGUUAUAGUUUGUAAACGAAAAUGAAAUUCAACUUUUUGUCCACCUGAUGUAGUAAUGAAAUAAGAAAGCUUGAGAUAAACCGAAUUUGGCAGAUUGAUGACAUUUUGACGUAAUCUGCAUCAUAUCUGCGUCGACGCCUCACAAGGCCGAUAUCACCGUUCCACAUGAGAAUCGUGUUUGACAGCGUAUAAAAUCUAAAACAGACUUUGGAUCGUGUUUGAUAUACAUUCUGUAAUGAUAGUGAGAAUACAGCAGUUUUAGGAUAAUAUUAUUCUUCACCUUGUAUAGUUUUUUCUUUCUUAAAUUCAGUUGGGCAGAAACCCAAAAACUAAUAUUUUACUGGGACAAAACAUUAAUUUUUGUUUCUCAUUAGUUAUCAUUAUUAUAUUUACAGUAUUUAAAAAAAGCAAUAAUGUGGUAUCUGCAUUGUUUGUCAGUUGUCGGCUGACUUACUUCCUCAAUAUCGGUGUAGAUAUCGGUCAUUGAAAAACUGAUAUCGGUCUCUACUUUGGAGUUUUGAUUAGUUUGUUUUUGACUGAUUGAUCAUGUUCAUUUGGGUUUACCAGCCACCAAAAAUAAUGUCACAGUCGUGCAAAAGUUCAAAGUUGCACAUUUCUUUUACACCCCAGUCUUAAAAGUUGUCCUCUACUGGAAAUCCCUCCUGUCUAACUGUUUUAUAAAUGUAGGAUGGUCAGUGUAUAUGUUUAAGCAGUUAUAGUUUCCCCCAUGAGUGUGACUCAUACACUUAGUCGACGCUUUACUGCCUCUUCAGCGGUGCAGAUUUCAUCAGCGAGAGGUACUUUAUUUACUCCUAACUCUUGUUGACUGCAGCCCUCGUCCCUCGCUGUCAGUCUGCGGUCGCAUGUCGCUCUCUUCAUAUUCCAUUUAGCGCUAUUGGCUAUGAAGGGGCUUUGAUAUAUAAUUACUGUAGUGUGGUUUUGCUGUCGUGUCGCGGGCUCCGGUCUGAGCUCGCUGUCAGGGCCCGGCAGUGUUGACGCCGGUGCUCCUCCCCCCUCGGAGACUGAACGUGCUGGAGCGGACAUGCAGAGUUUCACAUAUACUGGAGAGCUUUUAUGCUGUUUUGUGAAAACUUUUCUAUCCUGUUUGUGCUUUUGGACGUUUUCAAAGUUGAAGGGAAGCUUUUAGUUGCAACUUUAUGUAUUUUUUUCAGAUCUAAGGCUGCAUACUGAGCUAUAAAAUCACCCGUCUGUAUGUGAUGUGGUUUAUGAUCAAAGUUUAGGCUGUUUUAGAGGAUUAACAAAAGUUGACAGGGAACAGUGUCAGGCCUUCUGGUCCCACAUGCACAAAAAAAAAGAUCUACUAUAAGGAAAGGCCGUUAUCUAAAAGCUGGUCCCCCCCCUGCGGAGCCAGACUGCAGCUCUUCGCCGUGUCGGGGACAGUUCUGGAUGGGCGCACGUCCCUUUAUCUGCUCGCUGCAGGGGUGCUCUGAUUUCCACAUAGGUGACCCGUCCACUGACCUCGCCCUUCUUCUCUUCCUCUGUACGCUCAAAAAAGGCCACCUGGUUCUAUAGAGUUGCUGUGAAAGGCGUCAAAAACACAUAGUGCUGAUGUUUGCACACAGGUCUAGAAAAGCGUCUCGCUCAGCUGCGAGGACGCAAAUAGUUUUUACCCGCGCUCACAAAGGAAUGACACACUCGGACACAAAUGUGGCUGUGGCCCCGCUCCUCUGGGAGAGCGCGAGUAUUGAUUGGUCAAGCCUGAUUGGAGGUAAUGUGCAGAGCUGGGUUAAGGGUCUUCGACUGGGGUCAGGCCUUACGUCUGCUCGCUGACAGAGUGUGUGUGCUGACCAUCUGCAGAGCCACAGAAAGCUGCUGGAUCCUACAAGCCCCACUGGGGAUUUUCACAGCAAACAAAAGCAUGACGGCAGCGGGUUCGAACCUUCUGAUUUCAAUAAAUGAGGCUGAUUCUUUGCUUUUGAUUUCAAACUCUCUCUCCGCACAUGACAGAAUUAAUAAACCCCGGAUCUUUAAGUGGCUCUAACCCAGUUCCAGUUCUAGCGAGGACACAGAUGAAAUCAGAUGAUUAGAUACUUUUGGCGCUCUGAUUGUUUCCUGAUUCCUGGAACUCCAACGCUCCUCCGGGGGGAUCGAGCGCCCGGCCAGCCAACCGUACAGCUGACAGCAGGUUCACAUCCUCUGCUCAAAUCCAGCAGUUUGAAACCGUGCCUCUGUGUUGGCUAAACUUGCACUUUGAGUUCCCAGAUGAGUGGAUUAUUCACCAGUGGUACCCCCGUUUCCCCUCUGAACAUCAUCCUCAAAUCCCUGCUUUUCUUCAUCCUCCAGCUGUGCGCUCUCUCUCUGCUGGUGUGUAAGAAUAGUGUCACAUGUCACGCUCGGUUUGUCUGAUCCUGGGCGGGGUUCUCUGCAGGCCUCGCUGACCACGAGAGGCCUUUUGGUCAGCGGAGGCCCCACUCUGUCCGCACCGCCUCAGCCUGCAUGCUUCAUCCGAAAUAGAGAGUGACAACGGGGGUUGGAGAAGCAGAGAAAAGGCAGCUUUUACCCCCAAAUUACAAGCGGUUGAUCGUGAAAGGAGUGACCUGCGGAGAGGGGAGUGGCGGCUUUUCUUUUUACCCCCUUUUACCUCCUCAUGGUGUCCGCCGGGCUCUACCCACGCUGGCGAGGACAAUAUGGCCGCCGCAGACAGGAACCUCCUGCUGGAGCUGAGCAUAAAAGCCACAGAGGGCUGACAGGAACUUGCUGUCAAACACUCGCACGGUCGAUGCAAACAGAAAAAUACAAAAGCGCAAAGCAUUGUUUGGGCUCAUUCAGUUACAAAUCCAUGUGACUGUAGCUGCGGUGUGUCUUUUCUGUUUCAGCUUAGGCAAAUGAAGGAAAAAAACCUCCUUAAAGAAGACUAAUGAAGUCGAUUUAGAGAACGGAAACGGCGUACAAACCCUCCCUCUGUGCUGCGUGUGAAUUAGCCUCUUUUAACAAGGUGAUAAUUUGGAUGUUGUCAGAACAGAACCAGACGUCUCCCCCCUCCCUCCAGAGUUAACGCUCAUUCAUUCCUGUUAAGUAAACACUCUUUAGCACAUUAUUGAGGUUCCCCCUGGAGGCUGAAGAAACAAACACUUCUUCUACGGUUUUUCUUAAUUGUUCCUGUUAAAGAGAGUCGUUUGGGAGGUCUUUACAGCUAGAAAAAGUGGAGCGAAGGAGGAGGAGAAAGUGAUGAUGACAGUCCACCUGCAAGUCUCAGGUAUUAAGUCCCAGAGGUAGCCAUUAAGGUGCAGGAGAGUGUGCCUGCCUCUGGGAAAAAGAGGACACACACACACACACACACACACAGAAAGACAGAGAGAAAGAGAGAGAGUAGCCGUGGUCUCCUGAGGUUUCCAUUAGCCUGGCAGUAAAAGAGCAGAGCUCAUUAGAAGCCCUGAGUUGUCUCCCUGCACCGCGCCGACUCGACACUAGUCACUCUCUCCAUUUUAGAUGAACUCCCAGAGCUGCCGGGGGCUCUCAGAAGACCUGUAAGAACACUUCAGCCCAACUCCGAGACAACCUGGCCAAACUCAACUCACUUCCAAUUAUUUUCCACCAUGAGCAGUUUUUCUCUCGCUUGUUUUCGCUGAUCAGAAUCAGACAGCAGUCCUGGAAAGCGCUCUGUGUGUUUUUUUUUUUUGGAAGCAGAAAAACUUCAUUACUAUCAAACUGCUGCUGCUGCUGAAACAGGGAAUCUGAAAAGUUGGAAAGAGAUCAGACUGUACUUGAGUCAAAAACAUGAAGUAAUGUCGACUUUGAGCUUGGACAUGUAAACCAGGUUACUCUGAAAGGUUAAAUAUGUGACCCUGAAGUCUUCCUCUCGAUUACUCUGCAGUUCUGACAUUUCAAGUAUGCGCUCUGGAUGACUGAACUUAAUUAUCUACAUCAUUUUUUCAUACUUGGCUAUAAGACUGGGCGAUGUGGCUUCAAAUCAAUAUCACGAUAUAUUGAGCUGUUCAUCUCGAUAACGAUAAAUGGAUAAUAACUACUAAGGCCCAGACCAAUAUGGAUUUUUUGGGGCUGAUACCGAUUAUUAGAAGGGAAAAAAAUCUGAUUACUGAUUAAUCGGCCGAUUUUUUAAAUUGUUUAUGAAGUUCUAAAAAAUAUAUAUAUACUGUAGGCUACUGCUCUUCACACCGACAGGAAGACCGACUGAUCAAACUCUACCAUUACUGUCACUGCUAACAGUGUAGCAAGGCUAAUAGCAGGUGGCUAACUCUAACUUUAGCUUGCAUAUUACAUGGUGCUUCACCGUUAACUCGGUGUGACGGAGACCAGCACAGCGGGGAACAUCGUGAAGUGGGUUGAACUGAAGCUUGUUGACUUAUUGUGUAUUUCACAAACUGGUUUAUUUACCGUUGAGGCGGACCACUCUCCUCCGUGCGUCCCUGAGCUGCCUGCUUCAGAUCCGUCACUCUGCUGUGCUGUGAGGUAGUUAGUGGAUGGAGAUUGCCAUGAGGUCGCUGCGCCAUCUUCAGGAUAAGUGGGGGAACUUUUCGAAUGGCAGAACAUUUUCGAUUGAUUGAUUGAUUAACAAACAGUUCACCUCAUUGUCUCCAAGGUUUUACUUGGAUUCUUUUAUUCCUUUUUCCAUUUUAUCAUAUACUGCCCGUGUGUACAUAUCUGAGUUAUUUAAUGUGAAUUCAUUUUUGUCCUUUUUUACCAUUAAAGCUUUUCCAUGUUGCUGUUUUUGGCCGGAUCUCUCCUGUAGAGUAGUUUUCUGAUCUCUGUGGUACAGACCCGUUAAAUAAGAAAAAUACAAUAAUAAUAAUAAUGGGGAAGUCUGACACACAGUAUAUACACAACGGAGUGAUUUGUAGCUCUGUGCUUAUUAUACGACCCGAACCCAAAAGUUGUAAAACAUUUCCAAGAUCAUAUAUUACUAAAAUUUGAAGAGGAUGGUUAUAUGAGAACUCUCCAUAACCAUGACGAGGAAAAACUUCAUUUAGCCGAGACGAUUUAUAAAAACAUAAAUCUUCAAUAGGCCAAGAGCUGACAUGUAGCGUUUCUAAAACAUCUCUCAUUGAGCCGGCUCUCCAUUUUUCAGUUUCACUCCCUUUUACGAAAUAGCCGGUCUGUCCGGAACGGAGUCGGAGCAGAUCCUCUUUCCUGUCUGAAAGGCUUACUGAUAGAGACACAGCUGAGGGGUGAAAACAUUUGUCAUAGUAAUCCUCAAACCACCAAAACCUGAACCUGAGCUUCUAUCUCCCUCGUAGCAGAACUGGUUAAAAACCGUGGUCUUAGCAACAAUUAUCUUGUCUACAGGGUGCUCUGAGAUAUUGUGGGAGACACCGUCUAGGCUGAAAUCCAAAGAAAACCGUCAGAUCGCCCGAGGAUUUCAGCUGCCAGUCUUUCCAUCUCCGAAGGAAGCAGGUUAAUUGUCGUGACUGGCGCUAUCCUCACUCAAUUUAGCUAAUUAUACGUUAGCUCGGGAGGCAGGCUGUCCUCAGGAAUUUGUAAACCAUUAACCUGAAGCAACAGCUGCAGUGUGAUUAAUGGAAGCAAAAUAAUAGUCCACACACACUCAGGAAGAUGGUUUCUGCUCACUGAGUGACAUACAGUGGAGAGGAAAUCCCCUCUUUCUCUCUCACACACUUUGUAGUUCACCUGUCUUCAAAAAGGUGUGCAGGCAGUUACGCUUGACAGCCAAUUCAAACAGGAUGCAAAGCAGCUAGCUAGCUCGCUUCUCCUUCUGUGUGUGUGUGUGUGUGUGUGUGUGUGUUGGAGUGCGACUGUGUGCAUGCGUCUGGGGAGUGGGGGUGGUGGCAUCUAUGUUCUUCUGGAGUCUGUUUCAUCUUUUAUUCAUCUUUGCUGUUGCUAGAUCAAGGAGUCAUGCGCCUCUUGGUGCAUGUCAAGUGUCAGGAAAUCAGUCAGAAUGGCUGAUUCUUGCCUGCACAGCCGCACAAAAACACACAAAAAUGCUAACACACACACACAAGGCGAGGCUCCACCUGCAGCCCUUCAUUGUUGUUUGCCCUCUUGUUUUUUAUCCUUUCACGGUUCAUCUGUUUAUUCCGUCCGAGCUGUCAGUCAGUCGCACCCUGAUUCUGACGGAGCGGUGGAAUGUGUGCCGAGCUCGGCGCUAACACCCUCCACAAACAGCGAGCGCAAACACGCUGAUUAGAGAGGAUUACUAGUGCUAAACAAAUUCUGGGUAAUAUCGCCAAGUGGCGUGUGUUUGCGCGAGUCUGUUCAGUGUUAGUGUUAGGUGCCGAGGAAAGACAAAGAGUAGCCCGAUUGUUGCGGCGGUGUCCGGUGACUCAUCUCGUAUCCCGUGUCAAACAAAGCGGUGAGAUGUUGUGUUAAGUGUUACCAAAACAAAGAGAUCUUUCACCUCCUCGGAGCCAGAGAAACCGAGCUGGAAGGGAAAAAAAAGGACACUUCUGCAAGCUGCUGCACAUUCAUGAGAGGAAAAGAAGCAAAGGGAGGAGGUAUUUCUUCUUUCCAGCCUCCACCAUCCCUUUCACCAACUUCUUCUGUUUUAUUUAUACCACAUGGUGGGCUCCCUUGCUUCACUGCAGGGUUAUUAACACUCGGUAAUUCCAGGCAGCCGCCUUCGGCCACAACCCGAUGUGGUUCCAGGCUCCGAAAAAACCGUUACGGCACCACACAUUCCUGCGUUGUUUUCCGAAAGGUGCCAAGUAGCAACAGAUAUACUUAAAAACAGAUUUUCCGAGUUGGGAAAAUGAUAGUUACUUAUUGAAUUGAAUAAUUUGUGCUUGUCACGCCUGUGCGAUGCUGCCCAUCACAAGGUGACCACAAUGGUGAAAGAGAAGUAUGUCUGCCUCAGUAAGAGUUUUGAAGACAUGACAGAGGGGUAUGUGAACUGUGGCUGGGGGUAAUAUGCUGUUGGGGUGUCUGACAUGAAGUCCAUGACAUUAUACGUGGUGGUUAGGUCUCUAUUUAUUUAUUCUACUCCACUAGUGUCUGAAGUUGCCUCCAAAACCAAGUUGGGUAUGAGCCCAAAACCAGUUUGGAUGGUCUGCAACCGCAAACCCGACUCCCCCCUUUCUCCAUCAGUUCGGACUCCCAUUCUCUCUGUCAUUCACUCUCCCUCUCCUACACACUGUAGGAGACUCUGCGAUAAAAAAAAGUCCGCUCAGGCGGUGCACGACUCCCUGAUUCCAGUGAGAAAUGAUGGAUGGACGGCCUGCAUCGGCCGGGUUAACUGCUUUGUUUACAUGGAGGGUCAGUGGAUUCCCAGGCUGCUCUGACACGGUGUAACUCCAUGAUGGAGUUAAGGGUCUGGGAGCUGCAUUUAUCAACCAGAUUAGGACUCCGGCUCAGGGGGGGGUGGGUGUCAGGAUGUCACAGAGCAAGAUACAAGACGAGGGCGCCUUCCAGUUUUGGCCAUUGCACUCAGGAUCUGUUGGUCUGGUUGAGUUUAAAAUGGUAGCCGCUUCGUUGUACUUUGACCUCUGAUCCUCUCGUGCAGAUAGGAACUUCCUUCAGUCUGAUUGGUUGGUAUAAAUGCUCUAAUUAAGCACUGUCUUUUGUUUAUCAAGGCCUUCUCCAGCACUGCGAGUGAGCACUGGCUGAAUCAUUCCAACUUAAACGAAAAACACUUAAUUUCCCACUUGAGUAAGUUUUCCAACUGAGUCCAUUCCCAUCAGUUAAACACUCCUCUUAAAUAUCUCCCCUCUGGGACAUGUUCAAAAACAAAUAAAUAUCAGGGUUCCCUCCAUCACCUGGAGAUGGAUGGCUUGGUUCCUUCCAUUGCUCUCCAAGGACCGUUUCUGGAGCCCUUUUAUUUUGGCUUUCACAACUUGAUGGAGUUGUGCAAAAACUUUACUUUUCACCGUAUGUUUUGAGACAUAUGUUUUGGUCUGGCUCCCCAUUUUGAUCAGUAAUUAACUCCUUGAUAUCACCAACUUUGAGACACCAUACCUUUUAAGCGUUCAUAUCUGGACUCUGUCUAGUGAAUGAUGAACAUUUUAGGCUCAACUUUUACGCGACUUGUCGCAUUCACACCACCUGGCGCAACCAGCACGGGGUCGGUGGGGUCAAGUGUCUUGCUCAAGGACACUUUGGCAUGAGGACUUGGAUUGAACCUUGUGACAUAGGGCAUAUUGCAAUAUCGACUUGAGGCCAUAUUUCCCAGCCCUUCCUUUAAACUUUUAUAUCCUGACUCUUUUUCGUGAAUGGUAAGGUUUCUUGCCCAGGGACACUUUGGCAUGUGGACUUGGAUCGAACCAUGUGAUGUUCCAAUUUGGAGACCACCACCUCUACCACUGAGCCACAGCCGUCCAUUAAAAACUGGGUCGGGUUCGCAUUAAAAUCUCAGGCUACGUUUAGAUUCACUGUCCCGUAGGAUCAAAAGCAAUUUAGUGGAUAUGGACGAGAACGUUAGGCCAGACCUCCUACCUUUCCCCACCUGUUUUAUUAACAGAGACAUGCACUAAUGCAUUUUGUAAUAAGACGAAUUCAGAUUGGAAACACUGACCUGGAAACCAAGAAAUUAUACCCACUCCUGGAGAAAGUUGGUCUUUCUCACAGGUGCUGUUAAAUUCAAGAGUUUUGCACAUUUUGGUUGAAGAGAGAGGACUUUCAAACAGUCAGAUUAACAAAGACAGACAUAUGAAACUCAGCGGGUGAAGCACUCUUCAUAAUCUCAAAGAGGAAGCUUUCAAGUAAGCCCCCCUUUUGCAAAACAAGCCAUCCGGGUCUGACUGUAUGAUAUGAGGCCAGCCUGCAUUAUUUAUCCUUUCAGCUGACUGAUGAUUUGGAGGGGCUUCCACUCAGCCACCUUCCUGAAUAUCCAGUGACACCAUUAUUCAGUGAAGCCUGUUAAUUUGAAACCUCAGGCCGGGGACGAGCGCUGACAAAUGACGGUGAUCAGGUUGAUGGAGCUGUAGGAUCACUUUGGGCUCAUUGUGCUGCGAGUUUUGGGGGGGAUGGAAUUACCAGCAUGCUGUAGGUGCAAAUCUACAGACACUGUUGACGCCAAAAUAUGUACGCAGAUGUAUAAGACAUAGAAGCCCUUUAGAAUAGAUCCAAGGUUUAAACCAGGAUCUCCCAAGCGAGGAAACGAACCGUCAGAAACCUCUAAGUGGUCACAUUUUAACACCUGGACUCCACUUUAAGGGCUUGAAAGGAAAGACCAGAUGAAGCUUCUGAGAGCCCAGCUGGAGCUCUUCUCCCUCUCUGCGUAAUAAACCAUCUUCUCUAUUCUUUAAUUUACAGCCAAAGCUAUGCUCUGUGGUUAAAUAUAAUGUCAGACUGCAGGCACAUUUGGAGUAUAUUUCAAAAUGUCUGGCUUCUGUUGAUGCUUAAGUGCUACUUUGAAAAUAUUCAGUGGGUCGGGAGAGGCGUGCAUGCGGGCCUCCCUUGUAGUUGCCUGUGUGUGUGUGCGUGUGUGUGUGUUUGUGCGUUACAUAAACAUGAUGCUCUCUUUAGCUCCAUUUCAGAGCAUGUAGGCUUUCCCCACUACGAUCUGAGAGCUGCGAAAGGCAGCUGGAAAUGAACACUUAUUUAUUAAUGAAAAGUUUAUUUACUACUGUGCCAUCCAUAAAUUUAUGCAACAAACUUUACAAAUUUGCAUGUAUCCUGUAUAAUUUUGUCCACGGAGAGGGAAGGCACACUUUCCUGUACAACCCAGACUCAGAAAAAGCUGUAAAAUGUUGAUUUAAAAAAGAUGUGGAUGGUUUGCAAAUCAUUUAAAACCAGUAUAUAAUUAAAAAAAUGGCAGAGACAAUAAAUUAAAUCAAAUUCGGAGUGUCCCAGCUUGCUAGAUAGAGGUGCCGGAGUGGAGUCUGGAAUGGACUGCUUGUAUCGGGGUAACGAUAUCAAAGAUUUAAUAUGCAGGCCGAUGUAAUCCGACAUUCGUUUUUUCAUUUGCUGAUAUCAGACCGAUAUCCGAUAUCAAUAUCGUAUCGGGACACCUCUAGUUGAAAUUGAAAAAUGAUAUCAGUUCGCAAAAGAACAUGUUUUCAAACACCUCAGGACAGGGACAACAAAAGACUCUAAAGUGGAGGUCACUGCAUGGGGAGUGUUUCGAAACAGUAGAAGACCUGCCUUGAAAUAAACACAUAUUAUCUCUCCACCAUUGGCCUCAGGGUCGUACGAAAUGUGCUUUUUGUUGAAAGGUGCUCAUUUGCAGCACUCAAAUUCCCAUUGCCUCCAGCGGUACAAAGAUCAAAUCAAGAACACGUUCAACUUUAAAGGGACGAGCCCUUGUCAAGAUCUUUAUCCGCUGCAAGGAAUAAAGAUGCUUCUUUGUGUUUCCUGAAAACGCUUGUACGUCCACCACACUGGUUCAUGUGAAGUGCUCGGUGAAGAGGCCUUUAGGAAAGAAAGGGAGUCUUUCAGCGGUACUUCACUCGUUUCCUUCCUCUCCUUCUUCCCACUUGUGAAGUGUCACUUUGCUAUCAGACCUUUAGGGCUGGUUGUCAGGGGUCAACCUCAGAAAGCUGAAGACCUGAGGAUGCAGAAAACAGCUUUGAAAUGUCCUCAAUCUUGUUAAUUCAGACUCUUCUUGGGAUGUUUGUUUUGCACUGUGUUGCCUCCCACUGGAAAAUGUCCCUAUUCUCGGGUCGAGAGAGUGCAUACAUCUUGAGCUUCUAAUGCCUCUAAGAGUAAAGCCACACCCUCCUUUUCCCUCCUGUAGACACAAAAUCCCCCCUAAUUUGUCUGUAUUCAAAUAAACAAACCCUGAUUUGAGAUUCAAAUGCUUUCAACUCGCAGACAUGAGACAAUUGAAAACCUUUUGUAUCGAACAGAAAGAUCCACCGACAGACGCCAAAUAGCUUUCUCUCUUUUGUCUCUGAGCAACCCAGUUAUUUUGUCAGGGAUGCUGCGACACAGACGGCUCGGUGGCAGCCCGUUAUCAUCGAAUCAAACAUGACAGGAGGGAGGCAGAAGCAUCAGACAGAAAUAACCCUUUUCCUGUCUGCUGUUUAUCUCCGCCGGGAUGAGGGCUCUUUAAAACGCAGGCCAAAGGGCCACUCCGCCGGGCCCCCUGUUUGAAGCUGUUAUGUGACAGGGCUUCUGCUUUGUGUCUUAGCGCUGUUUUUGGCAUGUCUUUAAACUUGGGGGGUAUUCUCAAAGGACAAAGGUGUGGAAAGAGAUGGAGGGAGGAACGUGGAGAUCUAAAUCAUGUUUUCAGCGCCAGCAAAAAGGAAGAAAGUUUUGUGCUGAGAUGUCUGUGAUUGGAGGCAGUUUUAAACUCCGUAUUAGACACCAGGAGUCACCGGGAGUCUCGGUAUCUAAGGGAAACAGCGGGAUGUUUACAGGGCAAUUUGGGCACACGUUCCACUCAAGAGCCCUCCAAAAGGCUCCUCUCACUCGAGGCUGAGAAGGACGUGGAAGUGCUCCACUCAGCCCCUCGAUAAGCACCCCCGCCUCCCUCCUUCCUUCUCUCCUCUAUCUGCCCCCUCUCUACCCUGCCCCCAACCCCGCCCCUGUGCCCUGACCACUGCCCUGCUCACCCCUCGGCCCAGAGACAAUGGCUCACUUUCAAAGAAAAGCAGGAAAAAAGAGGAGGCUGGUGUCACAGAAUUGCCUGUUUGCUGACGGGAUCUUUAAAAGCAGCACCUCAUAAAUCAAAAAGGAGCAUAAUAGGUAUUGUUUCUCCAAGAGCCACUUACUUCUCCCACUAACAUUCCCCUUUUUCCUGCAGAAAGAGUGGGCCAAGUCAGAGGUGGUGAUUUUCUUUUUACUAGGGGGGUCUCUUCUUGUGAAUUUGGCGCCUUUUUAAAGGGAUUCCUCACCACUUUCUUUCUUUUCUUUCUUUCUCCCUCGCUAUCCAACCAUCUCCUUGUUUUACGCUCCUCCAACCCCCAACACUCAAGGAUUCCCUCAGCUUGGAUCAGCAUAAUCUAUCACUAUGCACAUUGUAACUCAGGCCUCCUCCCUAUCUCCACGCCGCAUUGUCAUUUUGAAAUCGGAUUAGACGGGAAGCCAUUUCCCUCUUCUGUGUCGAACCCUGGACUCUUUUUGUACGUCAGCGCAAAGAAAUGACAAAAAAGCUUGCGAGCGGUAUUGCCUUUGUGCAUCAGGAGAAUGACGAAUGGCGUGCGGUCCAAACUGAGCAUGUUUGGUUUAUAUAUCCCUGAAGAGAUUCAAGAGCUGCUGUGUAAACACUCUGAAGCUGCUGCAGAUAAAUUCAUGUGCCUGUGCUGAUAGUGCGUUGUUUGUAUUAAAAUCUUCAGAAAUGUUGUUUUUUCGCUGGCGGAGAGAUCUGUCAGGCUCUUGCAUAAAACCACAUGCUGUAUCUGUUUUGGUUUCAACGCUCCAUUAAUGAGCCGAGGCCCCGGACUGCAUUCACCCCCUCUGAUGUGUCAGCAAUCAAGAAGAUAUUAUCAUAAUUAGAUCACUGGCACCGCAUUAGGAUUACACAAAUCUGCCAACGCCUUUAAAGGCACUUUAUUGGUUACCUGACUUUAACCGGGGUGUUUUCUUCCUCAUUCUUCUUAUUCUCCCUCUUCUUCUUCUUCUUUUACUUCUUCUUUUACGUCUUCUCCUUCUUUUUCUACAUUCUUCUUCCUCAACAAUCUUUUUCUUCUUUUACUUCUUCUCUAUCUUCUACAUUCUUCCUCUAUCUUUUUCUUCUUUAUCACAAUCUUCUUCUUUUCUUCUUCGUCUUCUUCUACAAUCUUCUUCUUCUUCCUCUACAAUCCUUUUCUAUUCUUUUACAAUCUUCUUCUACAAUUUUCCACCUCAGCCUCCUCUUCUUCUUCUCCUUCUUCCUCUUCUUCUUCACUCUUCUUUUUCUUCUUACUCAACAAUAUUCUUCUUCCUCUGCUAUCUUCUUCUUCUUCGUCUUCAACAAUUUUCUCCUUUUCUUCUUUUAUAUUCUUCUUCUACAAUCUUCUUCCUCUACAAUUUUCCUCCUCCUCUUCUACUUCUUCUCUCUUUUUUCUUCUUUCUUAACAAUAUUUUUCUUCCCCUACAAUCUUCUUUUACAUUCUUACUUUUUUUUCUUUACUUUCCUCUUCUUCAUUUUCUACAUUCUUCUUUUUCUUCUUUUUUUCUACACUCUUCUUCUUUUUCUACACUCUUCUUCUACACUCUUCUUCUUCUUCUACUUCUUCUUCUUCUACAUUCUCUUUCUUUUUUUCUUCGUUUUUUGUCUUCUUCUUCUUCUUAUACAUUCCUUUGUCCUGCACACAAAUAUGUGUAUAGAGGGAGAGCUGGUGUUUCAUGAAUUAGCCAUGAGUUAGAUGGACAUGUACUAGAUUCCAGCUUUUAGAGUAAAUAUCUAAAGGGGCAGCUGAAGCUCUGGGGAUGAAUUGAGUAUUACAGAGUACUUAUUGUAUAGAACUGGACCGACACUGUAGUUUCCUUCACCUUUUUCAGAGAGCAAACACUCUUGUCUAGGAUUACAUAGGGUUUAAAUGGGAUUGACUACAAUAGUGCUGCCUACACUGUGGUACAUUAGUGCCCCCGUCGUAACAACAAAAGCAAAGCUUAAGGUACAACAGGCUGACAGGACUCUUAUCAGUGAGAGAGUGUGUUCACCCUGAUAGACCAGUGCCCUCUCUUAUCUUCGCCUUCCUUUGUUUUUUUUUCUGUCGCAAGUGCUACAAUCUGCUUAUUUGCUGAAAUUAGCUGUAGAUGUAGGUGGUUCUUUAGUGCCCUUUGAAUUGACUGUAGCUGUGACAAAACACACUGAGCACUUCUCGUACUUAGAGUUUGCAUUUAAAAGCCUUGACAUCCAAGCAGAGAUAAUGUUUAAUCUGUGGGUUAAAUACCUCUGGUUUUGAAAGCGAAGCCGAUACCAAACGCCUGAAAAAUAAAACCAAUGUGAAUGAAAAGAUGCAGUUUCCUGUUCUUACACUCAGGGCUGGCUGCAAAUAUGUCUUGUUUUGAAGGAAUUUAGACAAGUUUACAGCCUGAUACAAAAACUGUUUUCAGGUGCAUUGUUGUUUGCCGACAGACUUUGAACCUUAGCAUCACUAAACUGUUGGUUGACGCCAUUGAAUCUACGUCCAUGAUUAUGGAUACAUGCAUUUCUACAACAGCCCAGAAUGGACAAACAAGUAUCAUACUUGUUUUUGUUUUCAGUUGGUGGCCUUGUGAAACGCACCGAUUAAAAGAAAGAAAAAAGUGGUUGAAGAAUUUGUUUUAACUUGACGAUGGAGGAUCACACUGAGGCAUCAUAGAAGCUUUUUGUCCAUGUAGGCCACCAUUGCUUGAUUGGAGGGGUGAGCAAGGGAGCAUUUAUCAAUCUAGAAUAUUGCAAGUCUUUAGAACAAGUAAAAUUCGUAACGGUUGUUUGUGGGGACUCCAGGUCGGUUUUGUCCAACAUCUGGUUUCAAAAAGCCCAAGAUGAUGAAAACAAAAAUGCCAAACCGGAGGCUUUUAAAAAGAUGGUUCACAGACCUAUGAGGGAUGUCACAGUGUCCACUUCUUUCACACACACUAUAAUUUGAUCCCACGCACAUCAAAACGUCCGGCUUUCUUCUUGGGAGUGUGAAAGCUGAUCUACAUCCCAAUGUCAGUCAAACCACUCUUAUCGCCUCCACCAUAAUCUAGACGCUGCGGUCGGCCACCAACUCUGAAACCUAAUGCUGAGAAGGGCCGAGCACAUUCACUUUCCCCUUUAAAAAGCAGUUGUUCUCAAGUGCCUCUUGAUUAUAUGUCUGCAUGUAACAUAUCUGUGUGGAGCUCAACAGCACAGCCCUCACCCAAAAACCAAACCCACUCUUGUCAAAAAAACACAGAUUCCAUUUGUGAAACAAGCCUCAUCAUCUUUCAGCGAUGGAGCGUAUUUUAUUUUAUUUUUGUGGGUUUGAUCGUAGGUGGGGCAGCGUGGUGUGGCUGCGCCUGAGUCAGCAUCGCAAAUUGAGUUGAGGAAGACCAGGGGUCUGAGUUGAGCGUUUAGGAACAUCACAUCCAGCUGUGAGUUUUCAGGAAAGAUGAGUUUAUAGUAGAGGGAUCAGAUGAUGGGUCUCACACGGUUCUGAUUAAGUUUGAAAAAAACCUGAGAGCUCCUUCACAUCAUCCCUAAUAUGGGGAAACUCAGAGUCUGUCAAGUUAAGAAAUUACUGCAAAUAUUUCCCCGUGUUUGAUAAUGUGGUUUAAAAAAAAAAGGUUUUCUGUUUCCUGUCAGAGUGAGAUAUCUUAUGAGUGAGUGAGCAUGUUGACGUUGGAGCGCUGCCCGUACUAAUAGGCUUUCAGAGGCCUGUAAUAAAGCUAAACAGGCUCAGUGAGUCAUUGAUUACAGAGCACUGUACACUCCAUCAACUUGAUUGCAUUAUACAAGAUCUCGCCCCACCUUACCCUCCUCCUAACCUCCUUUUUUUUUUCUUUCUGUUUGUAGGGAUCUGAUGCCCAAGACGCUAGAGGGCCAGAUCACCAUGGAGAAAACCCCCAGCUACUUCGUGACCAGGGAGGCCCCAGCAAGGAUCUCCGCCAUGUCCCGGGACACAAAGCUGAUCGUGGUAGUGAGGGACCCGGUCACCAGGGCCAUCUCGGACUACACCCAGACUCUGUCUAAAAAGCCCGACAUUCCCUCUUUUGAAAGCCUCACCUUCAAAAACAGGACUACGGGGCUGAUUGACACCUCAUGGAGCGCCAUCCAGAUCGGCAUCUACGCCAAGCACCUGGACAACUGGCUGCAGUACUUCCCCAUGGACCAGAUUCUGUUCGUGAGCGGCGAGCGUCUAAUCAGCGACCCGGCCGGAGAGCUGGGCCGCGUGCAGGACUUCCUGGGACUCAAGAGGAUCAUCACGGACAAACACUUUUACUUUAACCAGACCAAGGGUUUCCCGUGCCUCAAGAAGGCGGAGGGCAGCAGCAAGCCCCACUGCCUGGGCAAAACCAAAGGGCGGACCCACCCGAACAUUGACCCCGAGGUGGUGCAGAGGUUAAGAGACUUUUACAGGCCCUUCAACAUGAAGUUCUACCAGAUGACGGGACAUAACUUUGGUUGGGAUUGAUGUGAAAACCAUGAGAGACUUUUUUUUUUUUCUAAUUUGUUGAAGUUAUUUUUUUUUUUCUUCUGUGAGUCGAUGGCAAAAUGUGGAGAUAUUGCUAUAUAUAUGUAAAAUGUACAGAAAUCUAUUUUAUAAUAAUUUAUUUUUAUUUCUAAGCAAUUAAUUCACUAAGCUGCCUAACCGUAUUUGUACAUAACAUCCGGCCCACAUGUUGUUUUUAACAUUCCUCAUUUUGUUUUGGGUUCUCUUGCUCCUCCCACGUGGUCCUGUAAACUCAGUGGAUUUAUCGGUGCUUUGUUAUGCAGAUAAUCAGCGACGACUGAAGCGGAAAUAAGAGUGGAAGAUGUUUAAAAAAAAAAAAAAAAAAAAGCACCAUAUUACGGGUACAGAGCGCUCACAGAGAAGUGGAGAAUACCUUGUCAUGUACAUCCUCAUUUAUACUUCAUCCUUAUCAAUCCUCGUCAUUCUGAGUCUGCGUUUCACGGCGACACGAAUUUUCCAGUUAACUUUUUUACAAUCCAAUUUUCCUACACUUGCUUUGGCCCCGGCUACAGAUCUUCUGUCCCUUUCCACUCAAUAACAGCUUGAUCAAUAGGCCUAAUUGAUCCUCAUUGUGUCACUCAUGCUUAAAGUAUACAGCUGCCCUUUCAUUCUCAGCGCUCCUGCUGCCUGCUCUAAUGAAUGGCCCAUCCAUCAAACGGCGAAUCGCAUCCCGGACUGCAUAAGAGCCCAUGUUAACAUUAUGCUAAUCGGGUAAAGGUAACGGGCAGAUCGAUCGAGCCUCCGCUCUGUAACUCCCCAUUAGGAGCGGCGUUGGCUGAGAGCCAGGCUCCUGUCCUAUCCGCUUGGUUCAAAGGUCACACAAAGUCUCAAUCAAAUUUCCUUGAGAGGCAUUUGAUUUGUUGAAGGGAACUGGGGGGGGAGCGUGUGUGCCUUGUUUCCGUGAGGUAGCCGAGGCAUAAAGAUCGAAAAAGAUGACAGACAACAGAAGCAAGGCGUCGCCUCAUUGAAAUCGCUCCUCUUCAAACAGAUGCUUCAUCUUAGAUCCCAGACUAAAGAGAUCAGAGGGACAGGAAAGGUUUUUUUGUGAAGCGCUCUCAGCACAGCAAGAUUAGCCUCAGGCGAGGUUUUAGUGUCUAACCUCUCUGGUGAUUGUCAGAAAGCCUCAUGUGCCAUCGUCCGUGGCCGAUAUACUUUAUGCCUUAUUCACUUUUGUCAUCCUCACAUAUCUCAUCUCUCCACAGCAGAUCUCUUCUCUCUACUUGUUGCCAAAAAAACAAACCCUCUGGGUUGCUAUCAUGUUUCACACAGCUUGAAUCUCUAUCUCUGCUCUUCUCUCUGCAUCGCUUCUUAUGUUUUUCGUCUUUCUACUUGAAUUCUUGAUAUGCAAGAAGGAGAAAAUGCGUGGCUAUCAUUCUUUAACGUGCCGCUCUGUUUGUUUGUAGUGGGCGGCACGCUAUUUUUAAGGGCGCGGGGAGGUGACCGUGCUACGCUGUGCUUACACGAUGCUAUGCAUGCUCAAUGUGGUGGCCGUUAAAAAAAUCGCAGGUGUAACAAGGAGGGAAUAUCAGCGUCCAGACGAGGACUUCAGACUGAAUGUACACAACUGAUCCUCACAAUUAAAGGUCCUUACACACCGGGACUGUUUUUUUUGUGUGAGUAUUUUGGACUUCCGAAUUGCUUUCCGAACGCCCCUUUUUUUCCCAGGACAAAGACGCAACGUUGACGAGCUAAACAUAAGUCUUAGAUGACUAAAAUGUGAUGAGAUGAAUGUGCGUUUACGUUGAGGAGACUAGACUAAAACGUAAGUGGUGGACGACGAACAGAGUUGCAAAAAUCUCGAGCAUUUCGUCAGUCAAACGCUAAAUAUAUUUUCGUUGACGAUGACGUUGACGUCAUCGUCAACUUAGUACAUGCUAUCAUGACAGACAGCCAUCUCAACACUAGUGUCUAAUCAGAACUGAAAAACAGUCAGUCUGCUGUUGUGUCAGUCCUCUCCCUUCCACCCGGGACGCGUCUUUUUUCCCCGGGGAAAGUCGCAAAAUCGCAUCACGCUUGAUGUGUUUAGUCAGGCACGUCAAAAUUCGCCUCAGAAUAUUUCGUAAUUUCGCAUCGUAUAUUUGCGUCGUUCCCGGUGUGUAAGGACCUUAAUUCCCUCAAAUUCACGUUCAAAAAGAUCCGACUGUCGCAGGUCAAAGUUGAAUCUGAUUGUCCCUGUUUUCUUUUGAAGUAAAGAAAAUGUUGUGCCUCUCUAACUAUCCAAUCCAACACAGCUAACCUGCUCCUGUCUCUUUAACUGAUAAUCACCCUAAUUCAGAUAUGUCUCUUAUGUUUUAAGUUGAAACCAGCUUCCUGGUUUAGCCUCAAGCCAAUGGUUGUAAGCGGGGGAGAUGGAGGCUUGUUACACUGUAUUCAUUUUUAAAUCUAUCCUUUUACUUUUAGCAAGAAGCGACGUGGAGAGAAGCCUUCAUCUCCCCUCCUCUCCUUAGUGCAAUGUGUGAGUUUAACAAAGCAUUUAUGAUGACCUCUCAUAGCAAGGUGUCGCACUCUGGAAGGAAAGCGUCAUUUUACCUGCAAUCGAUGGAGAAACCUGCAUUUGAAUUCUGGUUGAAUUCAUGCAUCUGAGGGGAUAUCUGAAAAAAGAGAGAGAAAAAAAUACAUCUGGCAUCCAUGGGUCAACUCCAUGCUGCCACGUUGGUUAUGGUUGAGUUUUAUUCAACCUGUUUUGAGAUCUAAAAAAAUGUUAGAAAUGUUUGUCUUACACACAUUAUAAUAUGUAUUUAGACUAGCAAAUCUGUAUGUACAAAGAUGAAAAAGAAAUGUAAAUUGAGUAUUUUGUGGUAUGUACAUCAAAGGAAUUAAUUUUACACAAUGCAAAGGCAAAAAUGGAACAGAUGUUUCUAGAUAAUUAAAUACUGAACAUUCAUAAGAUUUCUUUGUAUGAAGAAAUAAAUAAAAAAGUAUAUAUUUUACCAAAA